ACUUCAGGUUUCCGGCCGACACCCAAAACUAGGGUUUUGGAAACAGAGGAGGAGAGAGAGGGAGCCUCAUCGAUGCCGAAGAAAGGAGCCUCCGUCAUCGCCAUUAGAUCGCUGUCGGCGCUCUCCAAGGUCAGCUACUCUUCUCCUCCCCCUACGCCCUCGCCUCUCCUCUCCCGCCCCACCUCACGCCCUCUUAGUUCUUCGCAGAAGGACCUCGAGGAUGCCAUCAAGGCGUCCCCUUUGGUCCUUCGCUUCCGGAGGCUAAGCACCGCCGUGCAGAGGACCGACUUCGCCGCCGACCCUCCCGGCGGCGGCGGGCGGGAGGUCGCCGGAGAUUCGCAUCCCGGCCUCAGUGUCUCUUGCACGCAGAGCCCACAUGGGUUCUAUAACGAACACCCGUAUCAGCAGAGAACCGAUGGUGUUCAUGGAGGAAACCCAAUUCCGAGCCCCGAUGGGUACCAACGGUGGAGUCUUGGUGAAGGUUAUGGGGAAAAACUCAAUGGGUUUUAUAGGGGGGAGCCUCUGAGACAGGACCCAGGGAGCUUCCAUAAUGAGAAUAAUGGUAGAGUCGUUGGGGGUUGCUAUCAAAAACCCGACGGGCAUUAUGGAGGGAAUAUUGGAGAGGUGAACCAGAGGAAUCCUGAUGGAUUUUAUAGACAAGAAUACUAUCAGAACCUUAAUGGGCAUCAGGGAGUAGGUACUGCAGAAACUUUUCCGCAGAACCCAAAUGCUGUCAAUGGUAACAAACCAGUAGGAAAGGGAGAGUCAUAUAUGAAUCCUGGUGGGAUCUAUGGAGAAAGCCAAAGAGGGUUUCAGCAAGACCCUAACAGGCAUUAUGGCUAUUGUCCAGGCCAAAAUUAUCAAAAUCCCAAUUUGUACUACAGAGAGAGCCCAAGAGGUGAUAUCCCAAAUAAUAUACAAGGGGUUUAUGGUGAAAGAGCUGGAGAUAUCCAUCACAGACCCAAUGGGAGUUAUUUAGAAAGACCUGUGGAUCCUCAGCAGAUCCCAAUGGGGUAUCAAUCAAUGAGUGCUGUUAAUCCUCAGCAGAACUCUGCUUCUUUUCACAGUGAAACUGGCUAUUCUCAUCCAAUGAGCAGUACCCAAGCUAGGGAUGGAUUGCCUGCUAGCGAGUCUUCCGCAACUGGUGAGAGUGGUGGUUAUAAGGGUACCGUUGAUGAGUUUGAUGAAUUCUGCAAAGAAGGGAAGGUGAAAGAAGCUAUAGAAGUUUUGUCUUUACUUGGGAAAACUGGUGUGGUUGUGGACCUCCAUAGAUAUUUACAGUUGAUUCAAGCAUGUGGGGAGGCAAGGUCUCUAGAAGAAGCAAGAAUUGUCCAUGACCAUAUAGCACGAACAGUGGUUCAUGUUGAAGUUGGGGUUCAUAACAAGAUUUUGGAUAUGUAUACCAAGUGUGGUUCAAUGGUUGAUGCUUACCAAUUGUUUGAGAACAUGCCUCAGCGGAACUUGACAUCUUGGGAUACUAUGAUUAUGGGUCUUUCUAACAAUGGUCUUGGAGAGGAUGCAAUCGAUCUUUUCGGGGAGUUUAAGCAGAAGGGAUUGAGGCCAGAUGGACAAAUGUUUGUCACUAUUUUUGCUGCUUGUGGCAUUCUUGGAGCAGUCAAUGAGGGAAUGUUGCAUUUUGAAUCGAUGCAGAAGGAUUUUGGAAUUUCUCCUGGCAUGGAACAUUAUGUGAGUAUUGUCAGUAUGCUUGGAAGUGCUGGUUACUUGGAAGAAGCUCUUGAGUUUAUUGAACAAAUGCCUGUUGAGCCAAGUGUAGAUGUUUGGGAAACUUUGAUGAAUCUUUGUAGGGUUAAUGGAAAUGUGGAACUUGGGAAUCGAUGUUUCGAAGUUAUUGAGCAGUUGGAUUCUAGUAGGCUAAAUGAACAGACUAAGAUUGGUCUUUUGCCUGUGAAAGCUUCAGACCUGGCUAAGGAGAAAGAAAGAAAGAAGGCUAAUCUUCUUGAGGUUAGAAGUCGGGUGCAUGAGUAUCGGGCAGGGGAUAGGUCCCAUCCUGAGCAUGAGAAGAUUUAUGCACAGAUAAAGGGUUUGGCACCACAAAUGAAAGAGGCUGGCUAUGUUCCAGAGACACGGUUCGUGCUGCAUGACAUUGACCAAGAAUCUAAGGAGGAGGCUUUGCUUUAUCACAGUGAGAGGCUGGCUGUUGCUUAUGGCCUUAUGACUAGCCCUGCACGUUCACCAAUUCGAAUUAUAAAAAAUCUUCGUGUUUGUGGAGAUUGUCAUAAUGCUAUGAAGAUCAUAUCAAAACUUGUUGGCCGUCAACUUAUUGCACGGGAUGCUAAGAGGUUUCACCAUUUCGAGAAUGGGGCCUGUUCUUGCAAGGAUUAUUGGUGAAAUGGAACAUGACAUGGAGGGCCAACGCACACCUUUUUUUUAUCAAUGGAUUAAAACAAUACAACAGGAGCUACAGUACAGAAAGGAUAAGGCCACAAGGACCUAACAGUCUGCUACAUAGCAUCUUCACACUGUUAUGGCUACUAGCAUUGCGGAGAGGCUUCCAAAGAGAGAUCAGGAUGCAUGAUGCUGGGGAAGGCAGACUUCUGUAAGCUCUGUUGUUGCAUGAAAUUUCUUUUGUUAUGCUCGACCAAAUACACCAACAAAUAGCUAGGACCAGUUUAUCCCAGCCAGCCCGUAAAUCCUUCUAAAAUAUUCUGCCUUCUCCUGUCCCUCUAUAGAUGAAGGACAUUAGAAAAACUUCUAUUGAUUCGUAGCUGCUUCAACUUUAUCUUUCACCAUAUCUGUGUGUCAUUUACAUAUAAAAAACUUCGAUGCCCAUAAUAUACUCUCUUCCUAUAACUUUU